UGAAAAUGAUUUUAAAAUUAAAUAUUGUGUUUUUGAUUGUUGCUUUAUGUCAUGGAUAUCCACAACAAUUGUCUAACAUCAAAAAAUCGUUCAGUGAUUCAGCACCAUCAAAUCCUAAUCUCGAUCAAUUAGCUGAGCCAAGUGAACCUUUAGCUCAAACAAUACACAAAGCAGAUGAUCAAAUUCAAGAUGGAAAUAGUGAUACAAUGCUAUUAGAACCAGAUCAUAGCGAGACAACAGGAAGUAGCGUUCAUGCUAUGUACCCAGCAGCUGUAGAACCGCAUGUGGACAGUCAACGAUUUUUCCCAUUAUUCUCCAUAUACAACACAAAUAAUGGGAAUCCACCAUCAGGACAUUCUCGACCAUUUGUUUUCAACCAGGAAGGAGCAUAUAGCCAUCGACCAUACAGUGCCCGACAAAAUUUAAAUUCGUUUGAUAACGGUUUCCGUGGCGAAAGUUUUGAUGAUGAAUUUGAUCACACCAGUGGUAUUAAACCAAUUAUACGUGAUUCACCUUCCGCUGGACUUUUAGGAUCUGGUAAUUUUGGUGUAAUACGUGGCGGUACUUUUUAUAAUGAGAAUGAUGAUAUUUCGGAAUUCGCUGGUAGUAAUCAUCAUUUAUUCAAUCCCUAUUAUCAAAAUGGUCAUGGACGUCCAGCAUCUUAUUACAUAAAUCCAAAACCUACAAAACAUGAACAAUUCGCUAAUUUCCGUGAUUUUGCUGAUAUUAACACACCAUCAAAUUCCGCUUACUCACAAUAUGUUAUUGUAUAUGCAAACAAAAAUUCAACACGACAAGAUAUGAAUACGCAAAAAUUAUUGGCGAUUAAUUUCAAACCGAAAAAUAUUAAUGAACGAUUGGAAAUGUUAGAUAAUGAAGAAGAUUUAUCGUUAAGUAUAUCAGCUGAAACUGUAACAGAUGCACCACAAUUGAAAAAGAAAUUAUCAAAAUCAAAACAAAAAUUAUCGUUAUUAUUACCAGAGAAAAAACCAUGGGGUAAAAAAUUCGAUAAGAAAAAUAUUAACAGUCUAAGCUCAAGCAGUACGACCACCACUGAUAAAUCAACAGAUCUUUUAUAUGAACCGUUACUGGCUUUAAGUUAAAAAUAAUUAUUUUAAGUGAAUUUUGUGUGUUUUAAAAAAACAAUUGUGUUAUAUCAAAAUGUUGAACUAAAAGAUGUUAUACUUUUUUUUUAGAAAUUAUUUUCUUUUUGUAUUAUUGCUCGUAUAAAUCAAAGAGAUUAGAAAAGAGAUGAUUUGUUUAGAAAAAAUCUUGCGCAGAUGAAUCGAAUGGUUAAACACCACUUCAUUAUAUAUUUGCAUUGGCUGAUGCAC